AUGUUGAUAAAUUCUUAUUAAAGUUUUUCUUUGAUAAAAAAAAUAUUAAUAAAUUCUUAUUUAAAUUUGUCUUCACUCUCUAUAUCCAUUGUAAAAAAAAUACUGAUAAAUUAUUAUUAAAGUCUGUCUCCAAUAUAAAAAUAAACAUUAAUAAAUUCUAAGGAUAACUUGUAACAAAAUCAAAAGACAACAUUUUGUUUUUCAUCAAACAAGCUAUAUUUAUAUAUAUAUAUUGAUCAAUCUCCAACUUAUUUUAGAUUUUUCCACUCUUUUAAUUCGAAGAGAAAUAAUUACUUCUAAAGUUUUGUUGUUUAAAUCAUCUUAUUAUUAGAAAGGCAACUAAAAAAUGUAUAGCUUUUCUUUGCAAAUUUAACAAGAGCUACUUAAAAUAUAAAAACCACAAAUACCUUCUUUAUUACUAAAAAAACAUUUUAAAAUUAUUUGAAAAGCUUCAACCAAUUGAUCAAUUUACUACCAAAAUAAUUUUUUAUUAUAAUUCAUUAAUUAGCGAAAGAAAACAAUAACAUGAUUAUCAUUCAGUUGCCUUCUUUCCUCUUCAAUAUUUUUUAUUAGUAAUUGAGUAUAUUUUUCUUUUAAGUGAAAUAAUAAUUUGCUAUUUUAAAAUUGUUUGAUCACUGA